GCAUUUAUAUUUUAUUACUUACGAUAUAUUGGUUUCAUCGCUAAUUGUGAUGUAUAUACUUUGCUUAAAUAUUAUAUAGAUACAGUGUAUUUAUAUGUAGAUAAUACGGUUUUUCAAGAUUUAAAUUUAGCAGAGCAGGAAAUAAAUAACAUAUUAAAUGUUACGCUCAUUUUAUUUACCGCCACAAAAUGCCAUCGCAAGAGUCUUAACUCAGAUUCAACGUCCGUAUAUGCGAACUAAAGUCACCUACACACACUCCGAUAAUGUGAUACGACAGAGCAAAAUUCUUGAAAAAUUGUUUGGAAAUCGCUUGACGGGCAGUAAGAAGCGCUGGUAUCCCUUGGAGAAUAAUAAUGCUGUCAGUUGUGGCGGUAUUCAGAAACCGAGCUUUGUAUUUCAAGGCUCUUCAUUUGGAAAUUUUUCCCCGUAUACCAAAAAGCACAACACCCGUCGUAUAUCCGUCUUAAACAAGUUGUUCAUGACAAAAAUCACAGACAUGUUAUCCACUGGAGCGGCAGUCCAAUCGAUUGUAGGACUAGGCCUGCAUGUUACCCGUGUGAAGAUUUCAAGCGACUUCUCCCAUAUCAAUGUAUAUUGGCUGGGCCGCACAGAUGAACAAGAAGGAGGUGCUCUCGAAACAGAGUUGUGGCGCUAUAGCAGUCAACUCCAACAUGAGCUCACACAACUGCGUCUUAUGGGUAAAAUGCCCCGUAUAAAAUUUGUUCGCGACAAGACGGCUAACAAUCUUUAUCAACUGCGCGGUAUCCUCUCAAAUCUAAACUUAAAUACACACUUAUUAACAAGAAAGUGUAUGGACUAUUCGGCGAGACAGAAAGUUUUAUCAACGUACAUGCCUUGGCCCAAAAUGCGGCAAAAUGUUCUUGAGCUUAACCAUACCCGUAUUGUUGACAAGAUCAUAUGCAAAAUGCGUAAGCUUAAAGAAGCCUGGGUAGAUCAUCUUCAAUAUUAAUACGCACAAAACGCUGAAUGUACAUGUUCUUUCAAGGGCGAAGUGGAUCAUUAAUUUUUUUCAAUUCGUUAUCAAUAAAUAAAUCAAUUGACUGGAUAAAAAUAAUGGACAUCGAGUCAAUGGGGCUGUCAAUAUUCCAUAUACAUGUUCUUCCAUGUAGAGUAUACAUUAGCAUACUGUUAUAACUAAAUGCCGUCUUUCGCUAUAUACAUAUAUCCGCUUUGAAAAGCUCUAUAUCGUCAUUAACAAAUACAUAUCUAGAUAUUUUCCGUUUUAAGAAAUCAAAUAUUGGGCAAAGUGUCAUCGUACUUAUAUGUACGGGUUAAAUCCAAAUAAAAUUAAUACAAAAUUCAACAAGUGUUCUUAACAUUAAUUAAUAUAUCGCAUAGAUUUUAAUAUUAUGUACAUAUACAUUACAGAACAUACAUAACUUUGCAUCUUACUAUUUAACCCAUUUUAAAAGCUAGAAAAAUAAAAAAAAACCAGGUUUAGUUUUGUAUACAAAGUUUUAACACUUUAGAUUUUAUUUCACGGAAAUAAAGAUUCAAAUGACUGAGCUAUUCAAAAUGUUUCUGGGCUAUGAAAUACAUUUUUUAAUAGCGAGCUGCAAAUUAAAGCUUUAUUUCAGAUGGCGACUGCUCUGAAACAAAGAAAAAAAUGGGUUUAAAAAGAGUGUAAAACAAGUAGUUUUUAGCAAUAAAACUGUUGAAAGUGGCGGCAUAUGAUCAGUGAAAACUUGUCAAGCAUCAAUGGAUUUUUCAGUCGAAAGAUGGUGAAGUUUUUGGUUCAUCACACCUAUUUACAGCCAGCUUAACAAAACAAAAAAUAAAUUAAUAUACGUACCGCAACGCAUUUUUAUUUUUUGUGAUAUAACCUCAUGAUAUUGUACGUGUUUUGCUUUAUAUACGACUUUUCGGGAGAAUGCCAACAAUGUCGGUUUACUCAAAGAGAGCGAAACCCAUGUCGUCAUCCUCAGACUCGGAAUCUUCCUUCUUCUCAUCUUUGCUAGCUUCUUUUUUGUCCCCACCAGCUGGAGCUGCUGGAGUGCCUGCGGACGGAG